CUCACAGAUUAAAUAAAAUCAUGACGUUGACGUUUUAAAUAUUUUUUGUUUUCUACAUAACCUAACUUUUUAGUUGAUCCAUAGAACGAAUGUUCCUCUUAAUGUCUUACCCAACGACAGUUACUAUAAAAAAAAAAAAUACUUUGAUGUCCAUAAAUUACAAUAAAAUCGAAUUAAAUAAAACUGAUAUGAGUACAUUUCUCUUCAUAUGAUAAUAAAAAUUUAAAACUCGAUACAACUUUACUAAUCUAUAUGCAUUACAACAAACAUUAUCAUAAUGUUCUAUCACUCUUCACUUGACAAAUUCAUCUCACCAAGCUUGUACAUUUUCGUGCGACAAAUAUUUUUUCAGAUGUCAUGUAAUAAUGUACCUGGCACACAACACCUGUGAACUCAUAGUGACAAUCCCUAAUUCUUAUUUCAAUUAAAUUACAAGGAGUGUCAAUCACUUCUAUCAGUGCAUUUUUUUUUGGGUUGAAUUCUAGUUAAAAUUCCGAUAAUUUGUAUAACUUUCCUGAGAUUUUAAAUAUUUAAGAGUGACCAGUAAUGCAUAUAGUCUAGUUAGAUCAGAUGUAUAGUGAUCCGUUUGAAACUAUAAGAUGGAGUGUCAACAGAGCGAUAGUAAAAAAUUAUUUAAAGUUUUCGACGCGUCCAAACGUAAACGAACUCGGAGGAAACAAGAUGACAACAAUUCACUGGCCACAGACGAAUCCACCGGCGGCGGUCAAGGCAACGGUCGCCGCGCUGCAUCGGCCAAGCAAAGUCAACAGGACGUUAUGCAGUCACAGAACACCGACGGCGAACAAGAGGGGGAUAUUUCUAAGAGAGAUAGGGACAGCAGUCCUGAGUCGCGAUCGCCGGGGGAAGGUCAUCGACCAUCCAGGUCUCCUCGCCGGCAUCGACGUUUAGCUCGGGAAGGUGUAUCCCUGGCCUUGAAGGCGGGACUGGUUUCGACACCAAGGUCUACGUCACCUCGAAUGGAUGGCGAAGACGCGAUCGAAGCUAUACCCCAGGAUCAAGACUCCUUUGUUUACGCAUUCUUGGAAGAAGCUAUAAAAAGGGACAAGAAAAAACACCGCCACGAUCACCACCACGAGCAUCGGCGGAGUCGCGAGCGAGACGUGUCCGACGCCAAGGAGCGCCGUCACCACCACAAGAAACAUCGCGACGACUGUAGACAUCGAGACAAAACUGCCAAAGAGGAAACUCCACCGGUGGAUCAUUUAGCUUUGUUUGAAACAUUUGCCAAAUUGUGCGCUCAAAUGACUGAGAAAACGGGACAUUACGCAAACGUCAGCCCGGUUGGACGUUCCCAAAGUCAUAAAUCCCUGCAAUGUGAGGUAUUCCGAAAGGAUUCCUACGAUGUCGACCACAAACCCGUCAGACUUCACAGUCGCGAGCAAUCCAGAGAACAAUCCCCGACGAGAGCACGGAGCAGUGAAUAUUUUCGCAAUAGAGUUCGGAGUCAUGAUAAUGUUUCACCACCUGUAGACAACAGGAAAGAGAAUUGCGUCUGUUGUCCUCCAUACAACAAGCUACACCCGAGAUACGCGAGCAAACUGAUCGUUGCAGACAAGAACCGUGACGAAGAUAGAUAUAGAGCUUACCCGUUGGAAAGCACUCCUACGAGAAGCUAUCUCGAUACUUACUAUAGACCUAACGGUGAGGGGAGAGAGAGGAGGGAUGACAGAGAUUACAAAAAGUGUGAGGACAGGAGGCGACUCUGUGAAGCGAAAACGAGCAGGAGUUUCGAUGUUCAUAGAGAGAGUCAUAACGAUGACGAGAGGUGUUGUCGGAGGAGUGCUAGGAGUGAUGGAAUUAAAGACAAAAUGUAUGACAUCAGGGAGUAUAGAGAUAGGAAACACGAGGAAAGGAAUUACAGAGAUAAAUAUUACGACGACAGAGUUAGGGAGAGGAAUUACAGCAGCACACAGGGGAAGGAACGGCUCAGGAGGAACUCGGACCGCUAUGAGAGAAGCUCAGUGGUGUCCAAGGACGAGGACUACAGGGAGAGAUUCUCAGAAAGAGAGAGAGACUCGGGUCUCAGCGUGGCCGACGGAGAGACCAGCACUAUAAGCGGAAAGAGCAAUUAUUUGAGAGUUGUUAAACAGGAAAUAACAGAACAGAGAGAGGCUAUGGACAAGAUGAUGAAACUCUGGAAGGAUCUGAUGCGCUGCUUCAAAAGUAUAUCUCAGACACAGGGCAGAGAUAAGGCUGUUAACGAGUCUGCGGCUGCGCAAUUGCGUCUAUGGAGAGAGUGUAUGAGGAGAUACGAGACGGUCGCCAGGGACGUGGGAGACACAGACGCCAGGCUCAUGGAGGAGAUAAACAAACAGCGAUCCGAAAUGUCUGAGAUGGCGACCAUGUGGCAGGAGUGUCUGCAGCGGUACAGAGACAUGAGCAACGACUUUAACAACCUCAAACAGAAGCUCGCCUCUGAGAUCCCCCAGCACAUGUCAGCGGACGGCGACCCCCCUCCCCCGCCCCCGGGGCCCGCCGUCUCCCCCGCCGGCCCGCGUGCUCCACCGCACUCACACACGCACUACCGCCUGCCGCACGACUACCCUCCGAUGCCUCCGAUCCCACCGUAUGGCGGCUCCCCCCUCCGCCCCCGGGCGUCCGCCCCACCCGCGUGGUGGUGGGCGCCCGAGGGACCCCCACCCCGGGACCUCUCACACUCACCCGAUAGAGAACGAAGACAUCGCCAUAAGGAUAGAGAGGAGCCCAGGUACAAGGAGAAGUCGUCGAAGCCGAGCGGAGCCAGGUCGGAACAUAGACACAGGAAGAGAUAAAUAUUAUUUGACGGACCAAAACAGACUCAAAAUUUAAAUAGUGUCGCCGUUAAUAUAUAUUGAAUUUGCCAUUUGAUGAUUACGGAAGGUUAUAUUUUUGGAUAGCAGUUUAUAUUUGUAAUAAAUUAUCUUAAUACCAAUAUAA